AUGUCCGUCCUCGGCGUCUGCCUCUCUGCGGAUCACUCCUUCUCGAAAUCCGCAGUACCAGCCAUAACCCUCCUGCCAGGUCUCGGUGUCAAAGGCGACGCGCACGCGGGUACCACGGACCAACAUCUCCCUCGCAAGCAUAUCAACCCUCCACCUCCCAACCUUCGUCAAGUCCAUCUUAUGCAGUCCGAAAUCCUAUCGGCAGCCUCGUCCGACGCAGCAGCGCUGAAGCCGGGAGACGUCGGCGAGAACAUCACAACUACUGGUAUUGACCUCUUGUCACUCAGCAAGGGGACGAAAUUGCGUUUCGUGGACGAGAGUAGUCAAAAUGCACCGGAUACUACGGCGGUGGUAACAAUAACUGGGUUGAGAAACCCUUGUCCUAGAAUUGACAAGUUCCGGGCGGGGCUGAAGGAGAAAUUCGUGGUGCGGAAUGAGGAGCGCAAGAUUGUGCAGCGGAAGGCGGGGAUUAUGGGGGUUGUUGAAGUAGGUGGGGAGUACUCUACAGGCUUCACCAUUGACCCCAUUGAAGCCCUGAUACCAGUGCUCUAG